CGGUGGCUGUGUGUCGAUGCAUAACUUGCGGGAGCAGCACCGGAGCAGUUCGCAGGGCCUGGAGAAGCAAACGGGUUCCUGGUGCUGAGGACAAAGUGUCCACAGCUCAGGAUUGCAUGGCUGAGCUCUUCUGGCUCCUUCUGCUUCAAUGCCUUGCCGAGACACAGGUUCCCUGCAGAGCCCCGGGUGCAGCUUCCCAACUCUCCCCUUUUCUUCUGCCUCCUCCCUGCCUCCUGGGUAAAGGCAUUCCCUGGCAUUGCACCUGCUGUGCCUCCCUCCUAGUUCAGUGAAAGCAUUGUUUUCCACCCAAGGGGGCUCUCCCCUGGAAACAGGAACAUGGAUGAACUCCCGGUGCCCCAGCAUCAGGCAGGUGCAGGGUAUCUCUGCUUGUCAGCCCCUGCCCUGUUUCCCUGGGAUCCCGCUGACUGUUCUAGCAGUCAAUGAUCUGGACUUUGCAGGAGCGUGUUUGCAAAGACGUGAAUGCGAAAACUCUACAAGAACUGUUUGUAUGUGUCAUGUCUUUACUUUUUUCAAAAUAUUUGCUAGAAGGAAAGCAUGGACCAAACUGACAAAGUUCUUUAAUGUGGGAAAAGCAUUUGACUCCUGAGCUGAGUACUGUUGCAAGCUCUCCAGUCAGAUACAAGGUAAUCUUUCAUUGAAUUUCCCGGGUUUCCAUUGAGUCAAUGUAAAGAAUGAGCUUUCUAAGGAGCUUAAUACUAAUUUUUCCACUUAAUAUGAAAUGUCAAAUUCAUUAGAUGGUUAGAUGACAGGAGAAUUGAGGUUGGGAGGCAGCUGCAGUGGUCCCCAGCUUUAUCUCCUGUUCCCAACGGUGAUCAGCACGGGCAUGAAAUCAGGUUCAUCUCAGUUUACUGCAGAGAGGUCUUGAGGAAAACGUCGGUGCACCAAGAGCAGGUUUGGAAUCUGUGCAGUGCAAGAGACUCUGCACAAGCUCUCUGGGCAACUGACUGUCAGGGGCAGGAGCCCUGGCGUGGCCGUGCCUGAACAGCACCUUUCUGCCUACAGUGCCACCCUCGAUGACUGCCCUGGGGCCUGGGAUUGGACCCUGCACUUGCUGCAGGUGUCCCUGGCCUGGUUCCGUGCUGACCAAAGGCUUGGAACCAUCUCAGAACCUCGGUUCCCAAGGGGGCGGCCUCAAGUGGCUGCCGGGCAACUGAGGCCAUGGCUGCCUGAACCUUGGGAGCAAGAUGCUGAUGUCAGAGUGGCCAUUGUGACGCGUGCGACCAAAGCCCCAAAAGGGAAGGCUGGGCUCAGGCCGUGUGUCAGUGCGACCUGGCAACGGGAGGAGAAGAAUCAGCGCAGGAACAUCCAGAGGAGACGGCGGUGUUCCUGAACGCGACGACGGGAGCAGAAGGCGGACAGGAGCAGGGCUCACGCAGGGCUUACCAGGGAGUAGCACCCUCGUAGCUCUGGGCCUGUUCUGCAAACUCCCAUCACUCUUCUUUCUCCCGCAGAGAGAGAGAGGACCAGCACCUGGCGGAGACAGCGGCGUUCCUGCACAGGGACUCAGCGCUGACAGCCGCCAUGUGCGACAGGGAGCAGGAGGGCCCUGAUGGCAGGGAGCCAGCAUGCGUUUUGUGUCAUCGUGUGGACGCUGACCCGGACACCUGCGGAAACAGACGGGAGAAAUACGGGCUCUGUGCCCACAUGUUCUGCCUGUAUUUUGCCACUCUUCUUUUCCGGCAAGAAAAGAAACAGGUUGGAUUCCUGGGUUUUCUUCCUCAAGAUAUCCAAUGUGCAGUCAGGCGGGCGGCACAGAAGCACUGCUGCGUCUGCGGCCAGAGCGGGGCCACCAUCAUGUGCUGCGAGGAAGGCUGCGACAGAUGGUUCCACCUGCCCUGUGCCAAGGAGGGCGGCUGUGUUACGCAGUACAUUGCCCCAUACAGGUCCUACUGCCCUGAGCACCGUCCAGAGCAGAUGGUGCAGGUGACUCCAGAGCCGGGCACCGAAUGCCCCAUCUGCAUGGAGCCAGUGGAAGACAGAAUGACCUUUACCACCAUCGUGUGCCCAACGUGCCAAAGAGCCUGGUUCCACAGGGACUGCCUCCAGGGACAGGCCAUGCGUGCUGGUUUUUUCUCCUUCUGCUGCCCCCUCUGCAGAGACGAUGGCAUGUUCGCUGUCGAAAUGUUCAUCAUGGGAAUCCGCAUCCCCUUCAGACUGCCAACAUGGGAGGACAACGACGCCUUCGCGGAUCUGAGAGUGCGUCACAGCAGGUGCAAUGCCAGGGAAUGCCUUUACCCAGGAGGCAGGGAGGAGGCAGAGGAAGAGGGGCCCUGGAAGCUGCUCCUGUGCUCCUCCUGUGCUGCCGAGGGCACCCACAGGCGCUGCUCUGGCCUGACAGUGAGGAGAACCCGCUGGGAGUGUGACAGCUGUGCUGGUCUCGGCACAGCCCCCAGGGAUGAGCAGCCAGAGCUCAAUGGCCCCAGCCGGAUCAGACAGUCAGGACUGGAGCCUGCUCACGGCCUUUCAGAAUCCGAGGCCAUCAGGCCGAGCUCCAGCAGCGCAGUGCCAUCGGGUCUGGCUCCCCAGUCUCCAACUCCAGGGACCAGCAGCCACAGAAGCCCCCGGCAUGCAGUUUCUUCCUUGGCAGACACCGGCAGCGCACGCACACCAAGGGCAAGAUCCAGCAGCUGGACGGGCCCUGAGGACAGGGUCCAUUCCAGACAUGCUGGGCCUGACCGCAGGCGAAGGCGCUCUCAACAGCAGAGGCGGGCCUCAGAUGGGGCCGUCCGGUCGCGGAGUCGCCAUGACAGGAGCAGUAGGAGAACAUCAAGUGCAGAGAGGCGCAGGCAAAGGGAGACACCGUCGCGGGCUUCCCGCAGACACAGCCGCUCCCGGCAGCAAGCUCAUGCCCAGAGUCCACCUGCCCGGUCGAGGAGUUGCCAUGACAGGAGCGGCAGGAGAACGUCGAGGGCAGAGAGGCCCAGGCGAAGGGAGACGUCCUCAGGGACGUCCCCGAGACGCAGCCGCUCCUGCGUGCAACGUCGAGCCUCGGAUCAACCUGUCCGCUCCAGGAGUCGCCAGGACAGGAGCAGGAGGAGAGCAGCAAGUGCUGAGAGGCCCAGGCGCAGGGGGACACCGUCGGGGACGUCGCGCUGGAGCAACCGCUCCCGCCAGCCACGUCGGGCCUCAACUGGGACCUCCAACAGCAGCACGUAGUGUCACCUUUUCUUUCUAGUCCCUCUGUUUGCUGCCGUAAGUGAAGUAAAGCCUUUCUUCAGUAAAGCAGAGGGAGAAAGAAGAGAGUGAGACACUGCUUUCAGUGUCUGAAGAAAUCGAUUGCGACACUGCUGCUGAUUUAAAACACUUGCUUGGACCUUCAAAGAUGAAACCGGAAAAGACAGUGGAAACAGGCUGGGACAAAGAGGAUGCACAGGACUCUGCCCCAGACGAACGUCUGGGACCUUUGCCUGAAAACGACAGAACUCAGGAGUCCAGUGCUUUCCAGUUUUCCUUCUUUGGAGACACAGAGGAGUUGGGCAUCAAAGAAGAGCCUUACGUACUUGGAACGACAAAACCGGAAAACGUCAGGUGGCGACAGGAUUCACAUUUCCAAGACAUCCCGUCUGGGGCUGCUGGUGAGCCGGAGAUGUCAGAAAUUGAAAAGCACCAAG